GAUGCUAUGGAAUAUGAUGAGAAGCUGGCCCGGUUCCGGCAGGCCCACCUCAACCCUUUCAACAAGCAGCUCAGUGAGCAACAGCAUGAACAGAGGUCUGGGGAGGAGGCCCCGGACCCCACUGCUGAAGAGGCCCCUCCAGAGCUGUCCCCUGCAGAGCCUGAAUUCCGGUGUACCGAGUGCGUGAUGGAUCUCGGCCUGUCUGAGGACCACUUCUCCCGUCCCGUGGGCCUGUUCUUGGCCUCCGAUGUGCAGCAGCUACGACAGGCCAUCGAAGAGUGCAAGCAGGUGAUCCUGGAGCUGCCAGAACAGUCAGAGAAACAGAAGGACGCCGUGGUUCGACUCAUCCACCUGCGGCUGAAGCUCCAGGAACUCAAGGACCCCAACGAAGAUGAACCCAACAUCCGAGUCCUCCUGGAACACCGCUUCUAUAAGGAGAAGAGCAAGAGCGUCAAGCAGACCUGUGACAAGUGUAACACCAUCAUCUGGGGGCUCAUCCAGACGUGGUACACCUGCACAGGGUGUUAUUAUCGUUGUCAUAGCAAGUGCCUGAACCUCAUUUCCAAGCCCUGCGUCCGCUCCAAAGUCAGCCACCAAGCCGAGUAUGAGCUGAACAUCUGCCCCGAGACAGGUCUUGAUAGCCAGGACUACCGCUGUGCUGAAUGCCGGGCACCCAUCUCUUUGCGAGGUGUGCCCAGCGAGGCCCGGCAGUGUGACUACACCGGCCAGUACUACUGUAGCCACUGCCACUGGAACGACCUGGCGGUCAUUCCUGCUCGUAUUAUCCACAACUGGGACUUUGAGCCACGCAAGGUGUCCCGCUGCAGCAUGCGUUACCUGGCCUUGAUGGUGUCCAGGCCUGUCCUGCGGCUCCGGGAGAUCAACCCUCUGCUGUUCAACUUCGUGGAAGAACUGGUGGAGAUCCGGAAGCUACGCCAGGACAUCUUGCUCAUGAAACCAUACUUCAUCACCUGCAAGGAGGCCAUGGAAUCGCGUCUACUUCUGCAGCUCCAGGACCGGCAGCAUUUUGUGGAGAACGAUGAGAUGUACUCAGUCCAGGACCUGGUGGACGUGCAUGUGGGCCGUCUCAGCUGUUCACUGACAGAGACCCAUACACUCUUCGCCAAGCACAUCAAGCUGGACUGCGAGCGGUGCCAGGCUAAGGGAUUCGUGUGUGAGCUCUGCAGAGAAGGAGACGUGCUGUUCCCGUUCGACAGCCAUACCUCUGUGUGCACAGACUGCUCUGCGGUCUUCCACAGGGACUGUUACUACGACAACUCGACCACCUGUCCAAAGUGUGCCCGCUUGACUCUGAGGAAACGGUCGCUCUUCCAGGAUCCUGGACUAGAUGUGGACGCCUAG